AUGAACCCCUAUAUUAUAUCAUUCCUUCUACUAGGUCUAGGCUUAGGUACUACCAUUACAUUCAUAAGCUCUCAUUGAUUAAUAGCAUGAAUAGGCUUAGAAAUUAAUACACUAGCAAUCAUCCCCCUAAUAGCACAACACCACCACCCACGGUCUGUAGAAGCUUCAACAAAAUACUUUCUCACCCAAGCCACAGCUGCAGCAAUAAUCCUAUUUGCUAGCUCCACUAACGCCUGAAUUACAGGACAAUGAAGCAUCAAUGAGAUAUCACAUCUUAUUCCUACAACCAUUAUGAUACUAGGACUAGCUCUGAAAAUUGGUAUGGCACCUCUCCACACAUGAAUACCAGAAGUACUUCAAGGACUUGAUCUAACCACAGGGUUAAUCAUAUCAACAUGACAAAAGCUAGCACCAUUUUCCUUACUAAUACAAAUAAACCUAAAUAACCCUGUAUUAAUCACAAUAGCAGUUAUAUCAACCAUAGUGGGGGGCUGGGGGGGCUUAAACCAAACGCAAUUGCGAAAGAUCUUGGCAUACUCAUCAAUUGCCCAUAUUGGAUGAAUAAUCCUUGUCCUACAGUUUUCACCCUCACUAACACUACUAACUCUUCUAAUCUACAUCCUUAUAACACUUUCUGUAUUCAGCUUAUUCAAAGUAAAUAAAACAACUUCUAUCAACUCACUAGCUACAUCAUGAUCAAAAUCUCCUACAAUCACCGCACUAGCUCCCCUUGUCCUACUAUCAUUAGGGGGGUUACCACCACUUACAGGGUUUGGACCAAAGUGAAUAAUCUUAUCAGAACUAACAAAACAAGAACUUAAUACUAUUGCAACAAUUACAGCAUUAUCUGCUUUACUAAGCCUAUAUUUUUACCUGCGACUCUCAUAUGCUAUAACACUAACCCUUUCACCAAAUACUACCCCUAUAACCAACCAGUGACGGUAUCACACCAAGCAACCUAUUAUUCACCUAUCCAUCUCCACCAUCAUAUCAUUAAUAAUACUCCCCAUUUUACCUAGCAUAAUAACUUUAAUCAACUAAGAGUUUAGGUUAAUAAAAGACCAAAGGCCUUCAAAGCCUUAAGUAGAAGUGAAAAUCCUCUAACUCUUGAUAAGACUUGCGGGAAAUUAACCCACAUCUACUGUAUGCAAAACAGACACUUUAAUUAAGCUAAAGCCUUACUAGAUGGGAAGGCCUCGAUCCUACAAUUUCCUAGUUAACAGCUAGACACUCUAACCAGCGAGCAUCCAUCUACUUUCCCCCCGCCUUGAAAGGCGGAAAGGCGGGGGGAAAGCCCCGGCAAAAAUUAAUUGGCCACUUAAGAUUUGCAAUCUUAUGUGUAAAACACCUCAAGGCUUGGUAUGAAGAGGGCUUAAACCUCUGUAUGUGGGGUUACAAUCCACCGCUUACUCAGCCAUCCUACCUGUGGCAAUCACGCGAUGAUUUUUCUCAACCAAUCACAAAGACAUCGGCACCCUAUACUUAGUAUUUGGUGCUUGGGCCGGAAUAGUCGGCACUGCACUCAGCCUUUUAAUCCGAGCAGAACUAAGUCAGCCGGGAGCUUUACUAGGAGACGAUCAAAUCUAUAAUGUUAUCGUUACUGCUCAUGCUUUUGUAAUGAUUUUCUUCAUAGUCAUACCAAUUAUAAUCGGAGGUUUCGGCAACUGAUUAGUCCCAUUAAUAAUUGGGGCACCUGACAUAGCCUUUCCUCGAAUGAAUAAUAUGAGUUUCUGAUUAUUACCUCCUUCCUUCCUACUUCUCCUUGCUUCAUCCGGAGUAGAAGCGGGGGCAGGAACAGGUUGGACUGUUUACCCACCAUUAGCUGGUAACCUGGCCCAUGCUGGAGCUUCUGUAGAUUUAACAAUUUUCUCUCUCCAUUUAGCAGGUAUUUCAUCUAUUCUAGGAGCAAUUAACUUUAUUACUACUAUUAUUAACAUAAAACCCCCGUCAAUUUCUCAAUAUCAAACACCGUUAUUUGUGUGAGCAGUUUUAGUGACCGCAGUUUUACUAUUACUUUCACUUCCUGUUCUGGCGGCUGGUAUUACCAUACUUCUCACAGAUCGAAACUUAAAUACAACAUUUUUUGAUCCUUCUGGAGGAGGAGACCCUAUCCUUUACCAACACUUAUUCUGAUUCUUUGGGCAUCCUGAAGUUUAUAUUCUUAUCCUACCAGGUUUCGGCAUGAUCUCACAUAUUGUAGCCUACUACUCUGGUAAAAAAGAACCUUUUGGUUAUAUAGGAAUAGUGUGAGCAAUAAUAGCAAUUGGACUUCUAGGGUUUAUUGUUUGAGCUCAUCAUAUGUUCACUGUGGGGAUAGAUGUAGAUACACGAGCAUACUUUACCUCAGCAACCAUAAUUAUCGCCAUUCCUACUGGUGUAAAAGUAUUUAGCUGAUUAGCCACACUUCACGGAGGCUCUAUUAAAUGAGAAACCCCCCUAUUAUGAGCUCUGGGGUUCAUCUUUUUAUUUACUGUUGGAGGACUAACAGGUAUUGUGUUAGCAAACUCCUCUUUAGAUAUUGUAUUACAUGAUACUUAUUACGUAGUUGCUCAUUUCCACUAUGUUCUCUCAAUAGGUGCUGUAUUUGCAAUUAUAGCAGGAUUUGUGCACUGGUUUCCCUUAUUUACAGGUUAUACACUACACAGCUCUUGAACCAAAAUUCAUUUUGGUGUAAUAUUUGCUGGUGUAAACCUAACAUUCUUCCCUCAACACUUCUUAGGAUUAGCUGGUAUACCACGCCGAUACUCUGAUUACCCAGACGCAUACUCAUUAUGAAACACUGUCUCCUCUAUUGGAUCGCUUGUGUCUUUAAUCGCCGUAAUCAUAUUCUUAUUUAUUAUUUGAGAAGCAUUCGCUGCUAAACGAGAAGUGCUAACAGUUGAACUAACCUCAACAAAUAUUGAAUGACUGCACGGAUGUCCACCACCAUACCACACAUUUGAGGAACCUGCCUUUGUUCAAGUACAAGCAAACAAUUAGACGAGAAAGGAGGGAAUUGAACCCCCAUAAAAUGGUUUCAAGCCACCCACAUAACCGUUCUGUCACUUUCUUUAUUUAAUUAACCAAGAUAUUAGUAAAAUAUUAUACUGCUUUGUCAAGGCAGAGUUGUUGGUUAAACCCCUACAUAUCUUAAAUAAUGGCUUAUCCCUCCCAACUAGGUUUUCAAGACGCAGCAUCACCUGUAAUAGAAGAAUUACUUCAUUUUCAUGAUCAUGCAUUAAUAAUUGUAUUUCUGAUCAGCACCUUAGUGCUUUAUAUUAUUGUAGCCAUAGUAACUACUAAACUAACAAACAAAUUCUUAUUAGACUCACAAGAGAUUGAAAUUAUUUGAACUGUUCUUCCUGCAAUUAUUCUUAUUCUAAUCGCCCUCCCAUCACUACGAAUCCUAUACCUUAUGGAUGAAGUGAAUGAUCCUCAUCUAACAAUCAAAGCAGUUGGACAUCAGUGAUACUGAAGUUACGAGUAUACUGAUUAUGAAGAUUUGGCCUUCGAUUCCUACAUAAUCCCAACUCAAGACCUUACGCCAGGUCAAUUCCGACUAUUAGAAGCAGAUCACCGUAUAGUAAUCCCAGUUGAAUCACCUAUUCGAGUAUUAGUAUCUGCAGAAGAUGUACUCCACUCAUGAGCAGUCCCUUCUUUAGGGGUUAAAAUGGAUGCAGUACCAGGACGACUUAAUCAAACAGCUUUUAUCACAUCACGACCAGGCGUGUUUUAUGGACAAUGUUCAGAAAUCUGUGGUGCUAACCACAGCUUCAUGCCUAUUGUAGUAGAAGCAGUACCAUUACAACAAUUUGAAAACUGAUCAUCUCUAAUACUUGAAGACGCCUCGUUAAGAAGCUAAACAGGACCUCAGCGUUAGCCUUUUAAGCUAAAAAUUGGUGACUCCCGACCACCCUUAGCGACAUGCCUCAAUUAAAUCCCACACCUUGAUUAAUAAUUCUCCUAUUUACAUGAUUAGUUUUUACUAUCAUUAUUCCACCUAAAGUCAUAGCACACAAAUACCCUAAUGAACCAAAUGUUUUAAGCAGUAAAACAUUAAAAACAACCCCUUGAAACUGACAAUGACACUAAGCUUUUUUGACCAAUUUAUUAGUCCCAUAUUUUUAGGUAUCCCACUAAUAGCUUUAGCUAUUUUACUACCUUGAAUCAUAUUCCCAACCCCCUCUUCUCGUUGGAUAAACAACCGCCUCCUUACAUUACAAAACUGGUUUAUUAAUCUAUUCACAAAACAACUUCUACUUCCCUUAAAUACUUCAGGUCAUAAAUGGGCACUAAUCUUAGCCUCAUUAAUAAUCUUCCUGAUUUCUUUAAAUAUACUCGGACUACUUCCUUACACUUUCACUCCUACAACUCAACUCUCCUUAAACAUAGGACUAGCUGUACCAUUAUGACUAGCAACUGUUAUUAUCGGGAUGCGAAACCAACCCACACACUCCUUAGGCCACCUAUUGCCAGAAGGCACACCUGUAUUACUAAUCCCUGUGCUUGUUAUUAUUGAAACAAUUAGCCUAUUUAUUCGGCCUGUUGCCCUGGGUGUUCGACUAACAGCAAAUUUAACCGCGGGGCACCUAUUAAUCCAGCUUAUUGCAACAGCAGCAUUUGUCCUUAUACCCCUAAUACCCACAGUGGCAUUACUAACAACAAUUUUAUUAUUCUUGCUUACAUUAUUAGAAGUAGCUGUUGCUAUAAUUCAAGCUUAUGUAUUCGUAUUACUACUAAGUCUUUAUUUACAAGAAAACGUUUAAUGGCCCACCAAGCACAUGCAUACCACAUAGUAGACCCAAGCCCCUGACCCCUUACAGGUGCAAUCGCAGCCCUUCUAAUAACUUCAGGGUUAGCUAUUUGAUUCCAUUUUAACUCAACUAUUCUAAUAACAGUUGGGUUAAUCUUACUGCUUUUAACAAUAAUCCAAUGAUGACGUGAUAUUAUCCGAGAGGGGACAUUCCAAGGGCACCAUACCCCCCCAGUACAAAAGGGGUUGCGAUAUGGUAUAAUCCUAUUUAUCACCUCAGAAGUUUUCUUUUUUCUAGGAUUCUUUUGAGCUUUCUACCACUCUAGCCUGGCCCCAACCCCAGAACUAGGCGGUUGUUGACCCCCUUCUGGAGUUAUCACACUUGAUCCUUUUGAAGUGCCUCUACUUAACACAGCAGUUCUACUUGCCUCUGGUGUUACAGUAACUUGAGCUCACCAUAGCAUUAUAGAAGGUGAACGAAAACAAGCCAUCCACUCACUCACCCUGACUAUUCUCUUAGGUUUCUACUUUACGUUCCUUCAAGCGAUAGAAUAUUAUGAAGCCCCCUUCACAAUCGCUGAUGGCGUUUAUGGAUCAACAUUCUUUGUAGCGACAGGAUUCCACGGAUUACAUGUUAUCAUUGGAUCAACAUUCCUAGCAGUUUGCUUAGUCCGACAAAUUCAAUACCACUUCACAUCACAACACCACUUUGGGUUUGAAGCUGCCGCAUGAUACUGACAUUUUGUAGAUGUUGUAUGAUUAUUCCUUUAUGUCUCAAUUUAUUGAUGAGGAUCUUA